CUUUUCUGCACUUGAGCUUUGGAAAUGUUACAAUUUCAGGUUUAUGCCCUAAAAUGAGUUGGUAAGGACGGACGGACGGCGUGGAUUAAAAAACAUACAUCACACGGUGGGCCCCACAGAGAACGGUAUUCAGUCCCCGCAUUCUAUCAAAAUUCAAAACCCCUCAAUAAAAUACCCACACGAAGAGAGACGACAGAGGCAAGAAAACGAGUAUUUAGUGUUUGCUGAAAUGCUGAGGAAAGGAAUGCUGCGUGACAAGAAGAUCUUCUUCUUGAAGAGGAUUUUGGCUGGGAGAUCAUGUUCGUCAUCAUCAUUAUCAUGGACUGAUGGUGGGAGUGUGGUAGACAUGGCUUCCAAAGAUGGAGAGCUGAGGGUUUUCAUGGUGGCUGGAGAGGUUUCUGGAGACGUCAUUGCUUCCCGUCUCAUCUCCUCUCUCAAGCGUCUUUCUCCUUUCCCCAUCCGAUUCUCCGGCGUCGGAGGGGUUUUGAUGAGCAAGGAGGGUUUGCAAUCUCUAUAUCCCAUGGAGGAUAUCUCAGUAAUGGGCUUUUGGGAAGUGUUUCCACAUAUAAGAAAGAUUCGGAUGAGGUUAAAAGAGACAAUAGAAGCAGCUAUCCUGUUUCGGCCUCAUGUUGUAGUGACAAUUGACUCGAAGGCAUUCUCUUUCCGUUUCUUAAAGCAAUUAAGGGAUAGAUGUAUUGAACAAGGACUAGCUAGUCCUGUACAAACCCAUUAUGUUGCACCAUCAUUUUGGGCAUGGAAAGGAGGUGAGACCCGGCUCCCACGAUUAUCUGGGUAUGUUGACCAUCUAUUAUGUAUCCUUCCAUUUGAGGAGGAAGUUUGCCGGUCAAAUGGGUUAGCUGCAACUUUUGUUGGUCAUCCCACAUUGGAAGAUGCUCUAACCUUGAAUUCGGGAAAGGACCCACCAUCAGAAAAAUGGAAGGUGCAAGGGAAUGGCCAACGCUUUCGAAAUGAGCAUGGGCUAUCUUCUGGUGCUACGGUCAUCACCUUACUUCCAGGAAGCAGAUUACAAGAAGUCAAACUCAUGCUUCCCACUUUCUUAAAUACUGUGAAACUACUGAAAGACCCUUUUCCGAAAGUAACGACAGUCAUCCCUGUGGCACCCAACCAGCAUGUGGAGAGCUACAUUGACAGAACUAUUCAGACAUGGGACAUUCCCACCAUCUUGAUUUCUGGGCGGUUGCAAGACCUUAAAUUUGAUGCAUUUAAUGCAAGCAGAGCUGCAUUGACUACUUCAGGGACGGCUAUAAUGGAAUUGCAACUUGCACGGCUACCUUGUGUUGUUGCAUACCGAGCUCAUGUCCUAACCGAAUGGUUGAUUCGAUAUCAGACGAAGUUACGAUACAUGGCCCUUCCCAAUAUCCUUUUGGAUUCAGCUAUUAUCCCAGAAGCUCUUUUCCGGGCAUGCACGCCUAAGAACCUGGCCUCAUUCCUCAGCCAGGUAAUUCAUGACGGACAUCUCCGUGAACAGCAGAUCGUCACUGCUGAAAAAAUGUUUGAGCUGCUCUCUCCUUCCGAAAGAAGCAUUUGCGAUUUGGCCGCUAAGGAAGUGGGAUUGCCAUUUACUGAUUCCAGCCCGAGCAUGAUUGCAGCUUCCACCAUACUGUACUCAGCAAAAAGGAAAUGUCAAACCACACGUAAGGGCCCGUUUGUUUCGCCAAUUUCCCCGAUAAUGUAACGUAAAGAGGUCAUUAUUGCUAUUUACUUUACCUGUCUCCUGCUGUCAGAGGAAUUUAGACUUC